AACAAUCGGAUUACCCACUAAUGCAUUUUCUUAAUUUUCCUGUCAAACCGCCCCCUUCGUAAAAGGCCAGCUCACAGUAUAUCAGACUCCAUUAUUCUACAUUCUGCUAAUGAUCUGAAGAAGAAGCGCAAGAGAGAAACUUCUUGUGAGCUGGAGUUUGGAGAGAUCACAGAAUGCACGCCAAGACGGAUUCUGAAGUGACCAGCCUCGCCGCUUCGUCACCCACUAGGUCUCCUCGGCGGCCGGUGUACUACGUGCAGAGCCCUUCUCGGGAUUCCCACGAUGGAGAGAAGACGGCGACCUCGUUUCACUCCACCCCUGCGCUCAGCCCCAUGGGGUCUCCCCCUCAUUCCCACGCCUCACUGGGUCACCACUCUCGCGAGUCUUCCUCUAGCAGGUUCUCUGGAUCUCGCAAAAUAUCUCCCAACGAUGCUUCUCGUGCUCCCCAUGGCAAGUCUCAGAAGUCAUGGAAGCAACCUGAUGUCAUCGAGGAAGAGGGUCUUCUUCCCAAUGAAGACCGCCACAAGCCUCUCCCUCGUCGCUGCUAUGUCCUGGCUUUUGUUGUUGGCUUCAUUCUUCUUUUCACUGUCUUCUCUCUAAUUCUCUGGGGCGCCAGUAAGCCGAUGAAGCCCAAAAUUGCCAUAAAGAGCAUAAAGUUUGAUCAUAUCACGGUUCAGGCUGGUUCGGAUUCCACAGGAGUGGCCACCGAUAUGAUAUCCCUGAAUUCCACCGUGAAGUUCACAUAUCGCAACACUGGCACAUUUUUUGGGGUCCAUGUUUCCGCAACACCUCUGGAUCUGCUCUAUUCGGAAAUCGUAAUUGGUUCCGGAGAAAUGAAGAAGUUUCAUCAAUCAAGAAAUAGUCAAAGAGCAGUGAGGGUGGCAGUGGUGGGUAACAAGAUUGCUCUGUACGGGAGCGGCGCGGGCCUGAGUAGUUCAACCGGUGCGCCUUCAGUUCCAGUACAAUUGAAGUUAAGUUUUGAGCUUCGAUCCAGAGCUUACGUUCUUGGCAAGUUGGUGAAGCCGAAAUUUAACAAGAGGAUCGACUGUUCUAUAAAUCUGAAUCCUAAACACAUCAACGCCACGAUUUCUCUGAAGAAAUCGUGCACAUACGAUUGAUCGGGAAUUCCACAGCGAGAAGAAACCCAGAAGCGGGGAAAAAGAAAAAGAUAAAGAAAAUGUGAUACGUGUAUUCAUUUCAUUGGUUCUUUAAGAUGAGGAAAGAGCGGGGGGUACAGCUGUAAAAGGCUUCUGGGCAGGACACGAAGAAAUUUGAACGCGUUUCUGAGCAUUUUCGCUGCCAAAGUUCUAUAUUGCAUAGUGGAGAAGAUGAUAACAGGCUGUCUUGAAUGGCUAGGUGUAGACAUACUUGUGAGUGAUCUGUUAAUUAUGGUUUUCCUUUAUGUAUGUCAUUUUUUAAACCCUUUUUUGUUAAUGCUUGAGCAUUAUUCUCCAAUUUCUUACAAUUAUAUUUAAAGGUGAAAGUCAAAUAA